UAUUUUUGAAACCCACAAAAAAAUUUCCAAAAAAGAUUUUUUUUUUUUGGAACAUAGAAUCCAGGAGAAUCAAAUGCAAGAAUCAUCAAAUGAAAACAAAAACCAUGCGCCAUUCGAUGAUGAUGAUUUUGUUGGGAAUUUCCAGAUUCUAUAGAUUCUGACGACGACGUUGUUGUUUAUUCUCCCUGAACGGUAUUAACCGAAUUAUUGGAGAAAAAAAAAUCAUUUCAGGGAUAUAAUUUUUCAACGCUGCUCUUUGAUGUUUGUCAUCCUAUAUCAUCCUACGCAAAAAAAAUGUUGUUCAAAUCCAGCUUGCUGACGAUUUAACUUUUUGUUGUUGUUGUUGUUCUUGGAAUCAAAUCAUAUCUUGUAUUCUUUGUUCGUAAAAAUCGCCAAUGAUAAUGGCCGAUAAUAAUGAUGAUCAUUCGAAGAAAUCUACCAUCGAUGUUAUCGAUGGUGAUGAUAAAUCCAAUUCAAAUAAACAAAUAAAUUAUGAAAAUCCAAAUUAUCGUAAACUUUAUGCAAAAUUAUCAAUAAAUCAAAUGAUGAUUGGUGGUGAUGAUCAUGAAAAUAAUGAAAAAUCGAUUAAUCAAACUGAAUCGAAUCCAUUUAGUUAUGAUGACGACGACGACGAUGAUGAAGAUGAUUCCCUAGACGACGAAGAAGAAGAUGAUGAUGAUGAAUAUGAAGAUCUUUCAUCCGAAAAUGAUGAAAAUGUUAAACAAAAUCUUUUAACAAAGGAAAAAGAAAAAGAAAAAUCAAAAGAUUCGAAUUCGAAUUCGAAUUCACAACAGCAAACAUUCGAUUUACCCGAUGGUUGGGAAAGACAUGAAGAUGAAUUAGGUUCAUAUUUUUGGCAUAUACCAACCGGUACAAUACAACGUGAACGACCAUAUCUAAAUACAUUGGAUAAAUCAAUGAUACGCAGUGAUUCAUUAGUAUUUUUAGAUAAAUCUGCUAUUAUUAAUAUUGGUGAUUAUAAUUUAUCGGAAGAUUUGAUUGAAGAAGAAAAUCCAUUGGCUGAAUCAAAAGAAUCGAAUCAAAACGACGAUGACGACGAUGAUUAUCACCAGGAAAAUGAACAUCGAGAGCAGAAAAAAUCCUUGAUUAAUCGUAAAAAAAUUAUUGCCAAUAUGAAAUUAACAUUUCCAGAAACCGAUGACGACGACGACGAUGAUGAUCCAGAUUCCUUAUCGAUUGAAAAUGAAUUAACAUUUAUUGUACAUUCAUUAGGAUGGUUGGAUGUUGAUGAAUCGCAAAUAAAUUCUCAGACUGGUUCAACCGUAAUAAAACGUUGUAUUUAUGAGCUGACAACCCGAGCGGAAAAUGCUGCACGUUGUUGGGGACCAAAUGAAACACAAUCAUUAAUAUUGAAAAUAAAUUCGGAACGAAUAUCACUGCUGGAACCAACAACAUCAACAACAUUAUCCAUUCAGUUGAUACGUGAAAUACGUAUGUGGGCUGUUGAUGAUAAUAAUAAUUUUGCCUAUGUUGUUAAAGAUCGUAAAAAUGGUAAACCUGGUACGGUUAAAUGUCAUAUAUUUCAUUGUGAUGAUGAUAAUGAUGAUAAUAUGGAUACCACGAAUGCAUCAAAUCAAUCAUCACAAACAGCACAACGUUUAGCAUUAUAUUUGAAAAAUGCAUUGAUACAGAUUAAAAAUCGUAAUCAUAAUCAAGAAUCGAAUGAUCGUCCUGAUCAGCUUUUAUUGAAAUCCAGCAAUCAACAUCCGAAUCAUCAAUUUAAUUCAAAAAUGGAAAAUUUUGAAUUUCCAACACCGAUUGAAGAACCAAAAAAACAAAUCCAUGCAUUAUAUAUUGGUUUCAUACCUGUUUCCAAACCAAUGGGUAUUGAAAUAUUAAAUAUGGCUAUUGAAGAAAUUAUUAAUACAUUACGUUGUUGUUCAUUAACAAAUGAUUAUUCAAAUGAAAAUGAAUUAAUGCGUCCAGUUAUGAUAACAAUAUCACCAUCAAAUUUGAUUGUUGAAUGUCAACAAACUGGUUGUACAUUAGUUGAAUGUCGUGUUAGAUAUCUAUCAUUUCUUGGCAUCAGUUUAGACAAUAUAAAACGUUGUGGUUUUAUAAUGCAAGUAAAUGAAAAUGAAUUUGUUUGUCAUUGUUUUCAAGUUGAACCAAGUGCAGGUGCAUUAUGUAAAUUAAUUGAAGCUGCUUGUAAAUUACGUUAUCAAAAAUGUUUGGAUGCACAUUCAAAUAAACAAAAACAACAACCUACUGCUAAAUCGACGAAAAAUAAAAUAACAUCACCAACAACAACAUCGACAUCGACAUUAACAAAUUCAUCACCAGUUGCCGCAUUGAAAUCAUCAAUAUCGGGUGUAUUUUCAAAAAUUUUAAAUAAAACUUCAACAACAGCCGCAGCAGCAGCUACUUCAUCCAAUUCUCUUGAUUGUUGAUUUCAGUGUGAAAAAAAAUUUACAAAAUUCUGAUUAUAAUUUGCUUAAUUCUUUAAUUAUAAUUUU